AGAUCUGUCCAUCUUGCUAAGGAGGAACGAUUUCCUAUUUGGUAUAACUGAUGAUACCAUGCAAAAUUCAGAUCCUCGAAAAGAUGGAGAAACUAACUAACAGAGAAACUGACUUAUCAAAGUCAGAGCAAGGUAUUGGUGGAUCCAGGAAUAAAUCCCAGCCCUCUUAACUCCUGAUCAGGUUUUAGUUCUUUGACUAUGCAGCCUAAUGUAAUAGACUGGAAUGAUGUUAGAAAACACAGAUAUAGUCAUCUAUCAGAAUCUGCAUCCCAAUAUCAAGAAGCUACAGACAUCCUGGAGUUGGGUCAUUUUACCUGGGACAAAUACCUAAAAGAAACAUGUUCAGUCCCAGCACCUGUCCAUUGCUUCAAGCAGUCCUACACACCUCCAAGCAACGAUUUCAAGAUCAGCAUGAAACUGGAAGCACAGGAUCCCAGGAACACCACCUCUACUUGUAUUGCCACAGUGGUUGGAUUGACAGGUGCUCGCCUCCGUCUCCGCCUUGAUGGCAGCGACAAUAAGAAUGACUUCUGGAGGCUGGUUGACUCAUCUGAAAUCCAGCCGAUUGGGAAUUGUGAGAAGAAUGGGGGUAUGCUGCAGCCUCCUCUUGGAUUCCGGCUGAAUGCCUCCUCUUGGCCCAUGUUUCUUUUGAAGACAUUAAAUGGAGCAGAGAUGGCUCCCAUCAGGAUUUUCCACAAGGAACCACCAUCGCCUCCCCACAACUACUUCAAAAUGGGAAUGAAGCUAGAAGCUGUGGACAGGAAGAACCCUCAUUUCAUUUGCCCAGCCACUAUUGGGGAGGUUCGGGGCUCAGAGGUGCUUGUCACUUUUGAUGGGUGGCGAGGGGCCUUUGACUACUGGUGCCGCUUCGACUCCCGGGACAUCUUCCCUGUGGGCUGGUGUUCCUUGACUGGAGACAACCUACAGCCGCCUGGCACUAAAGUCGUGAUCCCAAAGAACCCCUGUCCUGUAUCUGAGGUGAACGCUGAGAAGCCUGGCAUCCACGGCAGCACCGAAACUGUCUUGGAGCAUCAACCAGGGCCGAAGGGCCGUAAAGCAGGGAAGAAGCGGGGCCGGGCACCCAAGCCCCUCAGUCCCCAUUCCAUCUCAGCCCCAUCCAAGGCAACUGAACCUUUGAAAUUUCCAAAGAAGAGGGGUCCCAAACCUGGCAGUAAGAGGAAACCUCGGAAUUUGCUGAACCCACCACCCACCUCACCAACAACCAGCACCCCUGAACCGGAUACCAGCACUGUACCCCAAGAUGCUGCCACCAUCCCCAGCUCAGCCAUGCAGGCCCCCACAGUUUGUAUUUACUUGAACAAGAACGGCAGCACAGGCCCCCACUUAGACAAGAAGAAGGUCCAGCAGCUCCCUGACCAUUUUGGGCCCGCCCGUGCCUCUGUGGUGUUACAGCAGGCUGUCCAGGCUUGCAUAGACUGUGCUUAUCACCAGAAAACUGUCUUCAGCUUCCUCAAACAAGGCCACAGUGGUGAGAUUAUCUCAGCCGUGUUUGACCGGGAACAGCACACCCUCAACCUCCCAGCAGUCAACAGCAUCACCUACGUCCUCCGUUUCCUGGAGAAACUCUGCCACAACCUUCGCAGUGACAAUCUGUUUGGCAACCAGCCCUUUACACAGACACACUUGUCACUGUCUACCACAGAGUACAGCCACAGCCACGACAGGUACCUACCAGGUGAAACGUUUGUCCUCGGAAAUAGUCUCAUCCGGUCCUUGGAGCCACAUUCAGACUCAAUGGACUCUACCUUGAACCCAGCCAAGCUUGUCAGCACCUCCCAAAAUCUUCGAACCUCUGGGUACCGGCCUUUGCUCUCCUCCUGUGGUCUCCCACUUAGCUCGGCCUCAGCUGUGCGCAGGCUCUGCUCCAGGGGGUCAGACCGGUACCUGGAAAGCCGGGAUGCGUCUCGACUGAAUGGCCGGGACCCCUCCUCAUGGACUGUCGAGGACGUGAUGCAGUUUGUCCGGGAAGCUGAUCCUCAGCUUGGACCCCAUGCUGACCUCUUCCGCAAACAUGAGAUCGACGGCAAGGCCCUGCUUCUGCUGCGCAGCGACAUGAUGAUGAAGUACAUGGGUCUGAAGCUGGGGCCUGCACUCAAGCUCUCCUACCACAUCGACCGACUGAAGCAGGGCAAGUUCUGAGUGGGAGACACAGCCUAGAUGACUGAGGGGUGGAGCAGAUGGGGCAUUCUUCUCCCAGGAAGAGGGAUCAUCAGUCACUCCUGGGUAGUCAGUGAGGUUCAGGGCUGUUUCAGGACUCCAGAAACCACCACCGCUAGCCCCUCCUUCCAUGAUAUGUCCUUCCAUGAAGGACUGAAAGGAGGGGGGGGGGUGCAGGGCUGUCACUGUUGUUCCCCCAGCCCUGCUCGGUUCUGAGGUGCCACUAUUUAUUUCUCAGUCCCGGUCAGCCUCUCACCAGGAGUUUAAACUGAACAUCCUAGUGAUGGAGAAAGGGGCCAGCCUCUGAAGCUUCAGAAGAGGGGGGCCUAAACUAAUUGUGCCCAGUCCCCCAUCACUGCUGGGUCUAACGUGGCACCUCUGACCUAUAGCUCUGCCUUUUCCUCACAAGAUUUCUAGAUUCCAAAUUCAUGGUGCAGACCUCUACCUUUUUUUAAAAAAGGAUUUUUCUUAUUUAUUGUUUCUGGCAUUUGGGCAAGCCUCAAGUUCAUGCUCCCCUCACCUCAGACCCUGGAUUCGAGGAGGAGAGAGACCGCCUGCCUUGGUCCCAGAGAUGCACUCCCCAAAGAGGCUCAGCCCCUCUUUGGAGGACAUUAUUCUCAGGCUCUUUCUCAUUGGGAUGGACAGACACCCCACCCCCCCGAGUACAUCAUCAGCAUAGACGUGACAGAAUCCCUGUCUACCCCUCUCUACAUCCACUGGGCCCUGUGCAGCCCGGCCUCAUCGGUGGGAAUGGGAGUCUCCUGCCUGCACUGUCCCCCAACAUUGACUUGUGCCCUGGCCAGAACUGCUGAGGAUAAAGUUGGACCCAGUGACUUUAGGCCAGCAUAGCCCGAGGUGGGUGAAGGGAGGGGUCUCUAGGCUGGAGUCUGGUUGUACCCACUCCACUGUCCAUAUGCUUCCUUUGUAAGCGUGUCAGCAGUACAACUGCCCUGCUGGCAUCUGGACUUAUUUUAUGUCUAUUUGUUUAUAAAUAAAAUACAAUAUAGA